AUGUUCCGUCUGAAACCUUCCUUUCCUUCUUUGCCCCGAUCCCGUCUUUACCGAUCAUUCUCCGGUGCCCCGAAGCGCCCUCAGUACAAAACCUACUUUUCAGAAAACCCAUCUGCUCCUCCUCGGCCUCCUCGUCGCCUCAUUUCCCGCUUCCUCGGGUUCAGUGCCAUCGCCUUCUUUGCCUUCGGCGCCGGUCUAUCCUUCCAAAGUUUCCGCACCCUCAACCGCAUCAUGGCGGCUCCAAUCCCGACCAACGAGGAGACUCUCUCCGCAUACCAAGCCCCCGACUCUUUAUCUGCGCAGAUCGACGAGACCCUCCGCACCCACGCGGAGGCCGAGGCCCUGCGCGCCAACCCGGACUUCACGGAAGCGCGCCCCCACCACAAGAUCCCCGAGACGCUGCGCGCCCGCAGUUUGACGGCAGGGACCCUGGCCGGACCCGGCAAGAUCGUAGUACCCCCCUAUGUAUUCAGCGAGCGCGAUGGCAAGAGCAUGGUGUCUCUCAUGUAUCUUGGCUCCGAUGUCUGUGGGCACCCCGGCAUCGUCCACGGUGGUCUUCUCGCUACAUUGCUCGACGAGGGCAUGGCUCGUUGCUGUUUCCCCGCGCUACCUAAUAAGGUGGCUGUUACCGCCAACCUAAAUAUUGAUUACCGGGCCCCCGCGAUGGCGGAUCAAUACGUUGCCCUCCGCGCGGAGACUGUGAAGGUUGAGGGCCGCAAAGCGUGGGUGGAGGGACGCAUUGAGACUCUCCCGACCGAUGGCUCCGCCCCUAUGGUGUUGGUUGAGUCCAAGGCGUUGUUCAUUGAGCCCAAACAGGCUGCGGUAAGUGUCCAUUGGCAGGUUAAGUGGCACUCUCACUAA